AUGUCUGGAUUGAGGGUUCUCGUACCCGUGAAGCGAGUCAUUGACUAUGCGGUCAAACCGCGCGUCAAUCGGGCCCAAACAGCCGUCGAAACCGCAAAUGUAAAGCACAGCAUGAACCCGUUCGACGAGCUCUCGAUCGAAGAAGCCAUCCGUCUCCGCGAGCGCAAAGUACCCAUCCAAGAAAUCGUCGCCUUCUCUGCCGGGCCUACCAAGUCACAGGAUAUACUGCGUACCGCCAUGGCCAUGGGCGCAGACCGGUCCAUCCACGUCGUCGUCGAGGACAAGGACCCCCAACUAGAGCCGCUCGGUGUCGCGAAGCUGCUCAAGAAGGUCGUUGAGGAGCAGAAGAGUGAUUUGGUAAUCUUGGGCAAGCAGAGCAUCGAUGACGAUGCGAGCCAAACGGGCCAGAUGCUUGCGGGACUGUUAGGCUGGCCUCAGGCAACACAGGCGAGCAAGGUCGAGAUUUCGGAUAAGACAGUCACCGUCGUGAAGGAGGUGGAUGGCGGUGUGGAGACUGUAAAGGCAAACUUGCCUAUGAUUAUUACCACGGAUUUACGAUUGAACGAGCCAAGAUAUGCCAGUCUGCCCAACAUCAUGAAGGCCAAGAAGAAGCCAUUGGAGAAGAAGACACUGAAGGAUUAUGGGCUGGAGGAACAGCCGAGGUUGAAGACCGUGAAGGUUACGGAGCCGCCGCCACGGAAAGGUGGUGUCAAGGUGGAUGAUGUGGAUGGCAUGAUCAGCAAGUUGAAGGAGCUUGGUGCCUUGUAA